AUGUUUAAAGCCACUGCUGAUCCAUCCUCUUCUCGCCUGGUCUGCAUCCCAUCCCUCUUUACUGUAAGCAGCGGGCUGGCUCUUCUCGUUCCUCCUCUCCUCCCCCCUGACAUCUUCAGCCCGUCCCUUCUUACUGCACGGAGCGAGCCGAUGACAGCUGAGGAACCUCAGACUGUGAGGGACGGUGCCAUCCUUCCAACAGAUAGGAGGUUUUCCUGUACUGAGUGCAGGAAGUGUUUCAAUUUUAAAAGUUCUCUUGAUCUGCAUAUAAGAUCUCACACAGGUGAGAAGCCCUAUUCCUGUCCUGAGUGUGGGAAAUGUUUUUCAAGGAAGUCCAAUCUUUACACACAUCAGAGAUCUCACACGGGGGAGAAGCCGAACUCCUGUCCUGAGUGCGGGAAAUGUUUUUCACAGAAGUCUGAUCUUUACAGACAUCAGAGAUCUCACACAGGGGAGAAGCCGUAUUCCUGUCCUGAGUGCGGGAAAUGUUUUUCACAGAAGUCUGAUCUUUACACACAUCAGAGAUCUCACACAGGUGAGAAGCCGUAUUCCUGUCCUGAGUGCGGGAAAUGUUUUUCACAGAAGUCUGAUCUUUACAGACAUCAGAGAUCUCACACAGGGGAGAAGCCGUAUUCCUGUCCUGAGUGCGGGAAAUGUUUUUCACAGAAGUCUGAUCUUUACAGACAUCAGAGAUCUCACACGGGGGAGAAGCCGUAUUCCUGUCCUGAGUGUGGGAAAUGUUUUUCUCUGAAGUACCAUCUUUACAGACAUCAGAGAUCUCACACAGGGGAGAAGCCGCUUUCCUGUUCUGAGUGUGGGAAAUGUUUCCCUUCAAAAUCCCAUCUUAAUGUGCAUAUAAGAUCUCACACGGGGGAGAAGCCAUACUCCUGUCCUGAGUGCGGGAAAUGUUUUUCACAGAAGUCUAAUUUUAACAAACAUCAGAGAUCUCACACAGGUGAGAAGACGUACUCCUGUCCUGAGUGCGGGAAAUGUUUUUCACAGAAGUCUGAUCUUUACAGACAUCAGAGAUCUCACACAGGGGAGAAGCCAUACUCCUGUCCUGAGUGCGGGAAAUGUUUUUCACAGAAGUCCAGUCUUUACACACAUCAGAGAUCUCACACGGGGGAGAAGCCGUAUUCCUGUCCUGAGUGUGGGAAAUGUGUUUCACAGAAGUCCCAUCUUUACAGACAUCAGAGAUCUCACACGGAGGAGAAGCCGUAUUCCUGUCCUGAGUGUGGGAAAUGUUUUUCACAGAAGUCCCAUCUUUACAGACAUCAGAGAUCUCACACAGGGGAGAAGCCGUUUUCCUGUCCUGAGUAAGGGAAAUGUUCAUCACCAAAGUCCUAUCUUCUUGUACAUCAGGGUCCAACCCAACCCUCAUGCCGCGUACACACAACCGUUUUUCGGGUUCUA